AUGGAUUUGUCUACCAAAUUGGGGAAAUCACACCGUGACGGCAACCGAAUCGUCGGAGAAGAAGGCGCUCGUCUCCCUCCUCGAAACCCGACGUUGGGGUCGAGCAACACUCACCCACCAUAUCCUCCACCCACGAAUCUCACCAAUAAACCAUCAACAUCCACUGCAUCAGUGGCUUCCCCUUACUUUGGCAUCGUCGGAGUUUCUCCCCUCUUCCACUUCACAUUCAUUGAGUUGCAAACCCAGAUCUGGACGAAAGCACCGAAAAAUGUUACAGAGAGAUUCCAGGCUAGGUGA